AACACAGUGAGGCGUAGUAGAAUUUCACAGGUCAGCUGUUAGCUGACGUGCUGCUCUUAAACCCCUCAAAGAAGUUUUCAUUUUAUUAGGAUUUUUUAAAAAUAUGACCCUAAACAAUAUGGCAGACCCAAGGAGACCGAAUAAGAUCUUUCGCUACAAGCCUCCCAAUACCGAAACGAACCCGACAUUGGAAGAUCCUACACCGGAUUACAUGAACCUGCUCGGCAUGAUAUUCAGUAUGUGUGGCCUGAUGCUCAAGCUUAAAUGGUGUGCAUGGAUUGCAGUGUAUUGCUCGUUCAUCAGUUUCGCCAAUUCACGAAGCUCAGAAGACACUAAACAGAUGAUGAGUAGCUUCAUGCUGUCCAUAUCAGCAGUCGUGAUGUCGUAUUUGCAGAACCCGCAGCCCAUGUCGCCACCGUGGUAACAAAUAAUCCAGACCCAGGGAGAUAUCUCAGCAGGGACGGCAUGAGAACCAGCUGAUCCUCCCACUGUCCUUCUGGAACACAGGGACAUACACUCAUCAGCCCAGCUGGCCAAUCAGAGGCUGUCAAAUUGACCAGUGUAGCUCCUGUUUGACCCUUUUUUGAAUUUGUCUCUGUGCUCACUGAUUUUUAGGGAUGCGACUGACCACACUAUGCUAAAAAUAUUCAUAUGUUUUGACUGAUUUUGAGAAAUAAAUGACUGUUUUAAACAUU